AUGACCGAAGGUUGGCGAAUCAGAGUCUGCAAGAUUUACCAGGAAAUCUUCAUCCGAGACCCGUACUUGCCCCCAAAACCACUACACGCCAUCCUCAACAUCGACGCAACAAAGGAGCCGUUCAAGUCAUUUGAGCAUUCGUCUCACGCCGGCCAACGGAACCACAAAGCUGUGCGACAAAUUAUUGCUGAGGCACUUCAUCAACAGUUGUUGCUUAUUUCGCCACGGAGGAACCUAGAACAGAAGGAUGAUGCGAGUCAAGAGACGGGAGAUAAUUAUGAAGACUGGGUGUCACUCAUGAAGCGUGUUGCGGCGGUUCUGUUGGAUGACGAUCCGAGAAAUAAUUAUCAGAGACUCUUUGUGCCAGCUUUAACGGGUAGCGUUUGGGACGUCAUGAGUUCGGAGGCAAUGCUCCUAGAGAGAAAACUUGAACGAUUGAAGACACUCUGUGCUUAG